AUGCACUCCAGCACCCCUAUUAGCUCUCUGUUCUCCUUCACUAGCCCAGCAGUAAAAAGACUGCUUGGCUGGAAACAGGGAGAUGAAGAGGAAAAGUGGGCUGAGAAGGCUGUUGACUCUCUGGUGAAGAAACUAAAGAAGAAGAAGGGAGCUAUGGAAGAACUAGAGAGGGCUCUGAGCUGCCCAGGCCAGCCCAGUAAAUGUGUCACCAUACCACGAUCCCUAGAUGGAAGGCUGCAGGUGUCCCACCGAAAGGGUCUACCCCAUGUGAUAUACUGCAGGGUAUGGCGCUGGCCAGAUCUACAGUCUCACCAUGAAUUAAAACCACUUGAAUGCUGUGAAUUUCCAUUUGGUUCAAAGCAGAAAGAAGUGUGCAUUAACCCAUAUCACUACCGCCGAGUGGAAACCCCAGUGCUUCCACCUGUGCUUGUACCAAGACACAGUGAAUUUAACCCCCAGCUCAGUCUUCUGGCCAAGUUUCGGAAUGCAUCCCUCCACAGUGAGCCCCUGAUGCCACAUAAUGCUACCUAUCCCGAGUCUUUUCAGCAGCCCACAGGCUCUGCCUACUCAUCAUCACCCAGCCACAUGUUCUUGCCGUCUCCCAGCACCAUAAGCUACCCUCAUUCCCCAGGAAGUUCUUCUGGACCAGGGAGUCCAUAUCAACUCACAGUUGAUACACCACCCCCACCUUAUCAUGCCACAGAAACACCAGGGAGCCACAAUGGACGACCUCUAGAUGCCUCAGCUGACAGCCAUUUAGUGUUGUCAUUGCCUAAUGGAGACUUUCGGCCCGUUUGUUAUGAAGAGCCUCAGCACUGGUGUUCCGUUGCCUACUAUGAGCUCAACAACCGCGUUGGGGAGACUUUUCAGGCUUCUUCUAGAAGUGUACUCAUAGAUGGAUUUACAGAUCCUUCAAAUAACAGGAACAGGUUCUGUCUUGGACUUCUUUCUAAUGUAAACAGAAACUCAACAAUAGAAAAUACUCGGAGACAUAUAGGAAAGGGUGUUCACCUGUAUUAUAUUGGGGGAGAAGUUUAUGCCGAAUGCGUAAGUGAUAGCAGCAUUUUUGUACAGAGCCGUAACUGCAACUAUCAGCAUGGCUUUCACCCAGCCACUGUCUGCAAGAUUCCCAGUGGCUGCAGCCUGAAGAUUUUCAACAAUCAACUCUUUGCCCAGCUGCUUGCUCAGUCAGUUAAUCAUGGCUUUGAAGUCGUCUAUGAGCUAACUAAGAUGUGCACUAUUCGAAUGAGUUUUGUUAAGGGCUGGGGAGCUGAAUAUCAUCGUCAGGAUGUCACCAGCACACCCUGCUGGAUUGAGAUUCAUCUUCAUGGACCACUGCAGUGGCUGGACAAAGUUCUGACACAGAUGGGUUCACCGCAUAACCCCAUUUCUUCAGUAUCUUAA